CGAGAAGGCGGCGGCGGCAACUGUCGGGGGCAGCGGAGUCGCUCCCAGUGCCGUCAGUGGUCAGGGUCAGUGUCGUCAGGGUCAGUGUCGUCAGGGUCAGUGUCGGUGCCGUCAGGGUCAGUCCCGGUGCGUCAGGCUCGUGUUUUUCGUGUCACGUUUCCUCGCCGACGGCGCUGACAAUGCUGGCGCAGGCGAAGUGCUCGGCCCUGCUGGACUGGAUAAACUGUCUGGACGUUUCACGGACAGAAGUGCUCUCAGAGCUGCAAGACUUCAGAUUAUUUCUAAGUCUUGUUGAAAAGAUAAACAAUGACACAGAUGUUAGCUCUGUGGAGGACUCUCACGAAAAGAAAGUUACAUUCGUCUCUACCUUUUUGAAAAAGCGGCAGGCUGUGAUGGGUUCGGUGGUGGAUUGGAGUGAGCUGCUGACCCGGAGUGCCUCUGACAUGGAGCUGGCUAAGUUGGCAGUGGCCUUCCUGUUCUUCUUGAUGACAGAUCCCGAGGUGCAGCUCAAAAUGGAGACGCUAUCACUCCACACACAGAAUGAGUUGAGAGAAAUAAUGCAGUUUCUGGUCGAUAACAAGGAUUCAAACAACUUGGCAGAUGACUUGGAAUAUCUUCUGCAUUCUGUAGCACCAGCAAUGGGACUGAUGGAGUCGUUUCAGGAGGCAGAGGACACAUAUGCUACUGUCACUCCCUUGCGAAACAAAACCAGACAUAUGCUGCAGCACGCACCCUCCAAAACUUCGCCUGCCACACCAUUGCAGGAUUUCUUCAAAAAGAGCCAAGUCCAGCAGGUGCUGAAGCUGCAGGAGCAGGUGUGGAGAGAGAGGAAAGCCUGUGAGCAGCUGGAGGCUGAGCUCUCAGCGCACCAGCAGCUGGUGACUGACAGAGAUGCGCAGGUGUUUGCUCUGCAAGCAAGAUUGAAGACACUAAGAAUUCUUUACGAACAGAAACCAUCUUCUCCACAGUCAGGGGUGUUGAAGGAGUUACAAGAGAAAUCAGACCGGCUGCAGGAUGUGAUGCGCCAAAACCAAGAACUGCGUAAAGAGAAUGCAAUCAGCGAGCACAGGGUGGACACCCUGAAAGAUGAGAAUGGGAGCCUGUCUCGCAAGCUUGCAGAUGCUGGAGUGAAGCUGAGUGAAAGUCGGACUAAGUUGCGUGAGGUGGUGAGCUGCAGUGAAGGGGUGCUCCUGCAGAAGGAGACAGAGUGUGUGGAACUGAAGACUCGACUGCAAACAUUGCUGGACAUAAAGGCCGAGUUGGAAGAGCGAAGGGACAUCCUGGAAGCCAAGGUGGCUGUUCUUGUGGAGCAGCUAGAGGAGACGCGGCAGGAGGUGGCCUGUGGGGAGGUUUUGGGAGAUGCUAUUCAGAUGGACUCACUAAAGCAAGAAAUAGCGACUUUGGUGAACACUCAGAACCAUCAUAAUAGUUUAGUUCAACAACUGCAGUCUGAUAAACAUACUCUGCAGUCAAUUAUAGAUGAAAACGAUAGGCAGCUGGAGCUGCAGCUAUUCCAACAUCAGAACACAUUGAUGGAAUUUCAAAGGGAAUUGGACUUAAUGAAACAAAAUAUAAAGGAUCUUGAAAGGAAAGCAGAACAGAGAGAAAAUGAAUUGUUAGCUGAAAUGGAAGAGAACAAAAUUAAUGUAGAAAAGCUUCAGAGUAAGUUGGAACAGAAGGAAGAAGAUGUAAUUUGUUUGGAAAAGGUUAACGAACAAGAGAGAUGUAGAUAUUUGUCAAGUAUUUCAAAGAUGGAGAAGAAAAUUCAAAACAUUGAAAAUGAAAAGUUAGAGCUGUCUGAGCAGAUAAAACACAUGCAGGAAGAACUCCGUUGUUUCUUGGCGAAUGAAUCCAUUCUGAAGGAGGAGAGGGAGAUGCUGAGAGUGAAAAUAUCUGAUGCUGAGAAUGAAAAACAGACACUUCUGAAUGCAGUGUCUGACUUAGCACAAGAGAGAAACAGGCUCAUAGGAAAACUGUCACUCCUGCAAGAGGAGAGUGAAUGUCUAGGAAGGAAAGUGGUUGGCCUUGAGAAGGAGAAGGAAUGUCUCGUGGUGAGUGUGACUGGUCUUGAGGAGGAGAAGGGACAUCUUGUAAUGAGAGUGUCUGACCUUGAAGAAGAGAAGGAAGGUCUUGUAGUGAGGGUGGCUCACCUUGAGGAGGAGAAAGAAGGUCUGGUAGUGAGGGUGGCAGGUCUUGAAGAUGAGAAGGAACGUCUUGUAGUGAGGGUGAAUGGUCUGGAUGAGGAGAAAGGACGUCUUGUAAUGACUGUGACUGGUCUUGAAAAGGAGAAGGACGGUCUUGUAAUGAGGGUGGCUCACCUUGAGGAGGAGAAAGAAGGUCUUGUAAUGAGGGUAGCUGCCCUUGAAGAGGAAAAGGAAAGUCUUGAACGGGACAAGGAAGGUCUUCUAAUGAGGGUGUUAGGCCUUGAAGAGGAGAAGGAACAUCUUGUAGUGAGGGUGACUUGCCUUGAGAACGAGAAGGAAGGUCUGGCAGUGAGGGUGGCAGGCCUUGAAGAGGAGAAAGAAAGUCUUAUAGUGAGGGUGGCUGGUCUGCAUGAGGAGAAAGGACGUCUAGUAAUGACUGUGACUGGACUUGAAAAGGAGAAGGAAGGUCUAUUAAUGAGGGUGGCUGGCCUUGAGCAGGAGAAGAGACAUCUCGUAAUGAGGGUGGCUGACCUUGAAGAGGAGAUGGAAGGUCUUGUAGUGAGGGUGGCUGGUCUAGAACAGGACAAGCAAUGUCUUGUAAUGAGGGUAGCUGCCCUUGAAGAGGAAAAGGAAAUUCUUGAACGGGACAAGGAAGGUCUUGUAGUGAGGGUGACUGGCCUUGAGGAGCAGAAGGAAGGUCUUGCCGUGAGGGUGGCUGGUCUUGAGAACGAGAAGGAAGGUCUGGUAGUGAGGGUGGCAGACCUUGAGGAGGAGAAGGAAGGUAUUGUAAUGAUGGUGGCUGGUCUGGAUGAGGAGAAAGGACAUCUUGUAAUGAGGGUGGCAGGCCUUGAAGAGGAGAAGGAAGGUCUUGUAGUGAGGGUGGCUGGUCUUGAGAAGGAGAAGGAAUGUUUUGUAGUGAGGGUGGCAGACCUUGAAGAGGAGAAGGAACGUCUUGUAGUGAGGGUGGCUGGUCUGCACGAGGAGAAAGGACAUCUUGUAAUGACUGUGACUGGUCUUGAAGAGGAGAAGGAACGUAUAUUAAUGAGGGUGGCUGACCUUGAGCAAGAAAAGGAAGGUCUUGUAAUGAGGGUAGCUGCCCUUGAAGAGGAAAAUGAAAGUCUUGAACGGGACAAGGAAGGUCUUGUAGUGAGGGUGGCAGGACUUGAAGAGGAGAAGGAAGGUCUGGUAGUGAGGGUAGCUGGCCUUGAGGAGGAGAAGGAAGGUGUGGUAGUGAGGGUGGCUGACCUUGAAGAGGAGAAGGAACGUCUUGUAGUGAGGGUGGCUGGCCUUGAGGAGGAGAAGGAAGGUCUGGUGGUGAGGGUGGCUGACCUUGAAGAGGAGAAGGAAUGUAUUGUCAUGAGGGUGGCUGGUCUCGAUGAGGAGAAAGGACAUCUUGUAAUGAGGGUGGCAGGCCUUGAAGAGGAGAAGGAAGGUCUGGUAGUGAGGGUGGCUGGUCUUGAGAAGGAGAAGGAAUGUUUUGUAGUGAGGGUGGCAGACCUUGAAGAGGAGAAGGAACGUCUUGUAGUGAGGGUGGCUGGUCUGCACGAGGAGAAAGGACAUCUUGUAAUGACUGUGACUGGUCUUGAAGAGGAGAAGGAACGUAUAUUAAUGAGGGUGGCUGACCUUGAGCAAGAAAAGGAAGGUCUUGUAAUGAGGGUAGCUGCCCUUGAAGAGGAAAAUGAAAGUCUUGAACGGGACAAGGAAGGUCUUGUAGUGAGGGUGACUGGUCUUGAGGAGGAAAAGGAAGGUCUUGUAGUGAGGGUGGCAGGACUUGAAGAGGAGAAGGAAGGUAUUGUAAUGCGGGUGGCUGGUCUGGAUGAGGAGAAAGGACAUCUUGUAAUGAGGGUGGCAGGCCUUGAAGAGGAGAAGGAAGGUCUGGUAGUGAGGGUAGCUGGCCUUGAGGAGGAGAAGGAACGUCUUGUAGUGAGGGUGGCUGGCCUUGAGGAGGAGAAGGAAGGUCUGGUGGUGAGGGUGGCUGACCUUGAAGAGGAGAAGGAAUGUAUUGUCAUGAGGGUGGCUGGUCUCGAUGAGGAGAAAGGACAUCUUGUAAUGACUGUGACUGGUCUUGAGAACGAGAAGGACGGUCUCGUAGUGAGGGUGGCUGGCCUUGAGGAGGAGAAGGAAGGUCUUGUAGUGAGAGUGACAGGACUUGAGGAGGAGAAGGAACGUCUUGUAGUGAGGGUGGCUGGCCUUGAGGAGGAGAUGGAAUGUAUUGUCAUGAGGGUGGCUGGUCUGGAUGAGGAGAAAGGACAUCUUGUAGUGAGGGUGGCUGGUCUUGAGAACGAGAACGAGGGUCUUGUAGCGAGGGUGGCAGGACUUGAGGAGGAGAAGGAAGGUAUUGUAAUGAUGGUGGCUGGUCUGGAUGAGGAGAAAGGACAUCUUGUAGUGAGGGUGGCUGGUCUUGAGAACGAGAACGAGGGUCUUGUAGCGAGGGUGGCAGGACUUGAGGAGGAGAAGGAAGGUAUUGUAAUGAUGGUGGCUGGUCUGGAUGAGGAGAAAGGACAUCUUGUAAUGAGGGUGGCAGGCCUUGAAGAGGAGAAGGAAGGUCUUGUAGUGAGGGUGGCUGGUCUUGAGAAGGAGAAGGAAUGUUUUGUAGUGAGGGUGGCAGACCUUGAAGAGGAGAAGGAACGUCUUGUAGUGAGGGUGGCUGGUCUGCACGAGGAGAAAGGACAUCUUGUAAUGACUGUGACUGGUCUUGAAGAGGAGAAGGAACGUAUAUUAAUGAGGGUGGCUGACCUUGAGCAAGAAAAGGAAGGUCUUGUAAUGAGGGUAGCUGCCCUUGAAGAGGAAAAUGAAAGUCUUGAACGGGACAAGGAAGGUCUUGUAGUGAGGGUGACUGGUCUUGAGGAGGAAAAGGAAGGUCUUGUAGUGAGGGUGGCAGGACUUGAAGAGGAGAAGGAAGGUCUGGUAGUGAGGGUAGCUGGCCUUGAGGAGGAGAAGGAAGGUCUGGUAGUGAGGGUGGCUGACCUUGAAGAGGAGAAGGAACGUCUUGUAGUGAGGGUGGCUGGCCUUGAGGAGGAGAAGGAAGGUCUGGUGGUGAGGGUGGCUGGCCUUGAGGAGGAGAUGGAAUGUAUUGUCAUGAGGGUGGCUGGUCUGGAUGAGGAGAAAGGACAUCUUGUAGUGAGGGUGGCUGGUCUUGAGAACGAGAACGAGGGUCUUGUAGCGAGGGUGGCAGGACUUGAGGAAGAGAAGGAAGGUCUUGUAGUGAAGGUGGCUGGUCUGGAUGAGGAGAAAGGACAUCUUGUAAUGACUGUGACUGGUCUUGAAAAGGAGAAGGGACAUCUUGCAAUGACGGUGGCUGAUCUUGAAGAGGAGAAGGAAGGUCUUGUCAUGAGGGUGACUGGUCUUGAGGAGGAGAAGGGGCAUCUUGUAAUGAGGGUGGCUGGCCUUGAAAAGGAGAAGGAGAAUGAAGGUCAGCUUUUAAUCUCGGCUGUGUCACAAAGGCAAGAAGAGCUUGAAAAGACACGAAAACAACUUGAAGAAAAAGAAGCGCUGGAGAAUAACUUGAACGCACGCAUUCAAGACAAGCAUGUUCAAUGCUCGUCAUUUGAAGACACAAUUACGGAUCUUAAUGGCGCGAUUAUGGAUUUGCAAAGUCGAUGUAGUUCCCUGCUAGGUGAUAAUCAAAAGAUUGCUGACAAGUACGAGAUUCAACUCGCGCAGGAGCGUUAUUUGCAGAAUAAAGUUCACGAACUAAAAAACAGCAUAUUUGAACUGAAAGAACAGCACGCUUUUCUCGCAUUACAGAAGGAACAAGACAAAGAAAUGUUCCAAAAGAUUAUUUCUGCUGCAGCUGCCAGAGAAAAGGUAGCAGCUGACAACAUCAAGAAGACAUUGGACUCACAGUUAAACGAGUUUGAACUAAAGUCAGCGCUCUUCAAACGCCAGAAAUGCACAGCUGAGCAACGACUGCAGGUUCAUCUUGUGGAAGCUGACAGGGUUAAGGAACAACUGGAGAACAUGAGCCUGAAAUAUGAGUCAACACGGCAGAAGAUGCUUGAGGAUGGAGAUGUGGCGCAGGGCGAUAAGAGGAAGCUUCAACAAGAGGUAGCUGAUGAUUUAAAGCAAAAACUAAAAGAAUGUGAAGGCAAUCACAAGGUCAAAGAGCAGAGAUGGUCAGUUAGCCUGGAGCAAAGCCAAAAGCUGUGUCGGAGCUUGCAGUGCGAACUGGCUGAGAGCCAGAGGGAUUCGGCCAACAAAGAUUGGCUUAUCCAGAACAUAAAAUCACAGAUGGUGUCUGCCGGAGUCGGCAAGAAGUUGCGUCUCCCGUCCACAGAUAUGGAUUGCAGGGUGUCCGCUGACUCCCACGGCACUGAUAAAGUUGUGUGCAGGGCAAGCCGUGACCGCCUCACGUCGGUUAAGGCCAGUGGUGGGGGUGAUGGUGCGACUUUCACUUCAGUAGCAGGUGGUAAGGGGCAGGCUGAAUUGGAGAAUGCCCAAGUGUCUACGAGAGGCUGCGGCACUAGCAAGCGCAAUGGGAGCACUGCCGCCCGGCGGAAUGAGAGCGAUGAGCUGAGUACAGACUCCCUAGACGAGUCGGGCACGGUGGAGCACCACUGCUCCAAACAGAUCAUUCACAUCUACAUGAACAAGGAAUCGAGCAGAGACCCUCAGGAGUGCGACACUACCCAGGUCUGGGGUGCCGGGUCUACACGUGAUUCUCUGCUGGCCGAGCGAACGGCGUCUACAGUGCCCAGCGGGGUGCAGGGGCACAAGAGUAGUGCUGGCAAGGACACGUCGUUUGAGCUGGGCUCCAUUGCGGAUGAGGAGGAGGAUGAUAUAAGUGGACGCAUCGCAGAGCUGCAGUCGAGGAACAUGCGCUGUGCCCCGCACAUGAAGUCUUCCUACCCAGUGGAGACACAGACAUGUGUACAGACGACAGAUGAGCAAAUGAAACAGGGCGACCCCGUGGAGACGCUGCGCAGAGCUUCCAUGUUGAGCUGCACUGGGCAAGAAAGACAUUCACAGAGCUUGGCUCCACGACGGUUCACCUUGGUGCCCAGGGGUCACGCGAGUCCCCCCGGCUUGUGGUCGCUCAAGUCCAUAGUGGACAGAAGGCCGGCCACCAACACGGCCACUUUACGCUCGGACACGGUGGCCAGGGAGAAGAGAGGCCCUCCUUCACAGGCCGCUACCUUCUCCAGGAAACGCCCUGCAUCUUCAGGGCAGUGUUCACUGCAGAACAAACGAUUUCAAGGGGCAAGUAUAUCCAAACCUUAUUGUGCAGAAUCAGAAAACCAAGGCAGUGGAGGCUUUGAGUCAUUUGAAAACAUCAUCCCAGAGGAGUCAGACUCUACAAAUAUCGAGGCUUUGAGGCGGCAGAGUGUGGCUUUCCAGGUGCCAAUCACUCCAAAGGUGAAUCGUCAACUUAAACCCCUGCGCCGAAUCGUUUUGGGAGCAUCCAACAAAGCUGUAAAAACCCAGAAAAAGCACUAAUUUGUAAAUGUGAAGACAACAGGAUAGAUUGACAUUAUGAUAAUCACUUUGCAUCAUCUUGGCUAUGUCCCACAUUUGUUCAUGGAUACCUUGCCAAAUUAUCAUGGAAAAAUCUGAAAAAAUGUUACAUUCGUCAACACUUAAAUGGAGCCCCAUGUUCAUGUGUUAAAAUUCUGUGAGUUUGUUUUGAACUCAUGGGGGGUGUACAGCUAUUUGCAGGCUGGAGAAAUCGUAUGUUUUAUCGUGUUUGGAGCUUUACAAACCAAGCAUGGUGUAUUAGACCAAAGGGUUUUGAAUAUGCAGACAUUUAAUUUGAUACUGAUCCUGACAUUGCAUUGGAAUUUAUAUUUCAGAUUGUGUAAUGCAAGCUGCGUGGAUGUGACUUGUUAACUGUACAAAUAAAACGUUGAUUUUA